UUUCUUCUGUUAUAUCUUGACUACUUUGAGUCCGUUUGUACUGUCUGACAAAACGGGAUUGUCCCUCAUUUCAACAUAUUCUCCAUCCAGGAAUACUGAGAGGAUGCUUCAACGUUAUUGAUAACAGAGAAAGAAAGCUUAAACGAAGGACCACCAGUUUCAGCCACAUAAUUUGACACGCUUCACAACAGGAAUAUAUCUUUUUUUUCUUCUUUGGACUUGAAGUAUACGCCGUGCCUUUUGAGUCAGUUGAAAUGCGGAGCAGUUUUUAAAAGCAACUUUUUUCACCCCGUUCUUCUUCUAGUGGAAUUGCAAGUUGACUUUUUUAUGAGUAGGAAGAGCCAGUUUAUCUCCGCAGCUCAAUGUAAAGCGUGUUAUUUGUUUAUUUUUCCACGUCCGGCUUUUGGCUCAGGGAGCGACAUUGCUGUUCGUUGUGGACACACAAGCGCGUGUCGCGCAUCGACGUUGGCGUCAAUGGAUCGUCACUUCAGUCUUAUUUCGAUUUGGCUGCAACUGGAACUCUGCGCCAUGGCUAUUCUUCUCACGAAAGGAGAAAUAAGGUGUUACUGCGACGCGCCGCACUGUGUGGCCACAGGCUACAUGUGCAAGUCUGAGCUGAACGCCUGCUUCACCAAGGUGUUGGACCCGCUCAGCUCAAACUCUCCACUCACACACGGGUGCUUAGACCCCAUCGCCAACGCCGGCGACAUCUGUAGCAACCGGAGGGGCGCAGACGCCCUCGCCGGUGCCGGCACGCUGGACUGUUGCCAUGACGACAUGUGUAACUACAGAGGCCUGCAUGACCUGGCACACACGAGGGACUCCACAGAUCACAACCGCUACCAGCCAGAGGGCAACAACAGAAACCUGGUGACGCGGGUUCAGGAGUUAGCCUCGGCCAAGGAAGUGUGGUUCCGAGCGGCUGUCAUCGCGGUGCCCAUUGCGGGUGGCCUCAUACUGGUGCUGCUCAUCAUGUUGGCGCUGCGUAUGCUGCGCAGCGAGAACAAGCGGCUGCAGGACCAGCGGCAACAGAUGCUGUCGCGCCUUCACUACAGCUUCCACGGCCACCACACCAAGAAGGGCCACGUGGCCAAGCUGGACCUGGAGUGCAUGGUGCCCGUCACGGGUCACGAAAACUGCUGUCUGACGUGCGAUAAGAUGAGACAGGGGGACCUCGGCAAUGAUAAGAUAUUAUCCCUUGUCCAUUGGGGGAUGUACAGCGGUCACGGCAAACUGGAGUUUGUAUGACUUACUGUCCAGGAGUGGCCCUCACGUGUUGCAGACUUGUUUUAUUUUAUUUUAUUUUUUGCUCUGGGGAAAAAACAAAAACCAUUCCCGUAUUUUUCUCCCGUUGGACUGUUGCGUCUGUGUUUUCAUUUAUUUUUACCAGUGGCAAAAAAAUACGAGACUGAUCUCAUGCCGUGUGGUUUUUGCUAGAGGAGCACUUUACUUGAAAAAUGAAAAGGCUAAGCAGCGAGGAGCAAGAUGUUUCAACCCCAGAGGGCGGGACUGUGAGGUGCAGUGAGAUCACCCGGGGAUCCUGGACUUGUACACUGAGCGCUGACGGAUUCCACGUCAAUCCGAAUUUUGCACAUUUGUAUAUAAAAAAAAAUGUUGUUGCUGACAAAAGAAGAAGAACUUUUAACACUGACACCAGGGUACAAGAACUUGUUUGAGGAGUCAAAAAUGGACUGUAGGUGCUCACACUCCUCUUGUGUACAUUCAAGUUUAUUGUAAAUAGUUUUUAAAAUAUAUAUAUUUUUUGCCUGAUUCAAAACUGACCAGUGUGUCUUGUUUGAGAUGAAUGUUUGCAUCGCUCCAUGUGAUCAGACUACAAGCUUGAUUGUGAGCGUGAAAGACUUCAUUAAAAGUGACUUUUUAUUUAUUUGA